AUCUGUCCGACUGUCCCUCUGAACCUUUCCCAUCACACACCGACGGCGGAUGAGAAAAGAGAAAGCGCUUCAUUGCUGACACACUAAACUAAUGGCCAUCGCAAUACGUUGCCUUAAAGUUUCAUUCUUUGGUGCAGUUCUUCGCCCCCGUUACAUUUCCCCCACAACCCCAAUUGAAAUGGAAUCCAAUUCUCUUCUUUCCUUUUUUAAUUUGGAGAUCUGCUUAUUGGUUUUUCUGAAUUGGGUUUAAUUGAACUACAAUUCGCUUCCUAUCUGGAUUUUCAUUUCAAAUUGCAAUCGAAUUAGCUCAGUAAGCCUUCAAAAAGUGCAGAUUGUGCAAACCAGUGGGGCUAUUUUUGGUUCUAUCUGAUCUCUCAUUGAAAUUAUUAACUAGUUGAGUUUAUUUUGGAAUUCUGUUUUGAUUUGUUUGCCCCUUUUGUUGUGUAUUUGGCUGAAGCAUAAAAAAUGGGCGAUGCUUUGGGUUCUGAUUUGUUCAGUGAUCUUCCUCAGAGCAUCGUGGAGAGCAUCCUGGUGCGGCUUCCAAUAAGGGAUGCUGUGAAAACUAGCAUCUUAUCGAGCAAAUGGAGGUACAAAUGGGCUUCCAUUACUCAACUUGUCUUCGACGAAAAAUGCGUCGAUAGUUGCAGUGACCGAGAUGUUGUUGAGAAAAGUGUUGUCAAGUUCAUCACCAGAUUGUUGUUUCUUCACCAAGGACCAAUUCAUAAGUUCCAAAUCACGAUUUCGUACUUGCAGAGCUGCCCCGAAAUAGACCAGUGGAUUCUUUUCCUUUCAAGGAAUGAUAUUAAGGAAUUGGUUCUUGAAUUAGGAGAAGGCGAAUUCUUCAGGAUACCAUCCUGCCUUUUCAAUUGUAAGAAAUUGUCUCGCCUCGAGCUUUUUCGAUGCGAGUUGGAUCCGCCUCUUAGUUUUAAGGGAUUCUUGUGUUUGAGGAGCCUAAACCUUCAUCAAGUUCUGAUAUCGCCGGAUGCAAUCGAAGGCCUCAUUUCCAACUGCCCUCUCUUAGAGAGCUUAUCAUUGUCGUACUUUGAUAGCUUAGCUCUUAGUAUCCGCGCUCCCAACCUCAAGUACUUGUAUCUUGAAGGUGAAUUCAGGGACAUAUGUCUUGAUGAUACUCCACUUCUCGUUGAAAUCUCCGUUGCUAUGUAUAUGACUGAUGACAUUGCUGAGCACUUUGAGCAGAGCGCAAGUUGCAAUUUUCUUAAGUUUCUUGGUGGCGUGCCUAACCUUGAAAGGCUUGUUGGCCAUAUCUACUUCACAAAGUAUUUGAGCAUAGGUAAUGAUCCAGGAUGUCUUCCAAUAAUAUACAAGAAUUUGGAGAUCAUCGAGUUAAAUCAAGUAAGUUUUGAAGAUAUGAAAGAGAUACUCGUUGUUCUUCGCUUGAUUACCAGCUCUCCCAAUCUAAAGGAACUUCAAAUUUCAGGUUCAUCAAACAUACCAAGUGCCACAGAUGCACCAGACUUGGAUUUUUGGGAGAAAGAGUGCUCUUCAAAAUGUAGACUAAGCCAUCUUAGAGUCGUGCAGUUGACAGAUAUGUGUGGUGUGCCACAUGAGAUGGAGCUUAUCAAAUUCUUGCUUGCCUCAUCUCCUGUGCUUGAGACAAUGAGUAUCAUUCCUUGUGUAUAUGUUGUGGAAAGUCAAUUAAAAAUGUUAACCGAAUUGGUGAAGUUCCGACGUGCUUCUGCCAAAGCAGAAAUUGUUUUUGUCCGUGAGUAAUCAAUCUUGUGGACUAGGUUAUGAAAUGCAUUAUUAUAUAUGUCAAUGUCACCUUCUGUGGUUGUAGUGUGUAUAACAACAUUCUGAAAUAAGACUACUUGUAAAUUAUCAAGCAAAAGUAGAAAUUUGUAUCUAUGGAUGGAAAAACGAAUACAUAUAUAUGCAGGAUAGAUGAAUUUGUCAAUUUUCACCAAUUUCCCAUCAUCCAUGGUUGCUGUUCUUGCCAUUUUUA